UCACAAAUUGAUAAAUCAUUGUAAAAACAAUUUAAUACAUAAAUAUCGACAUUAAGCAACAUUCCAUUUAUUAUUUAACUUAUAAGUAGCAUCUACGCGUAUGAGGCAAGAACCCUGGCUAUACCAAUUAUUCACAAAUAAAAUUUCAAGAAGAUAUUCAACACAGUAAUAUUGAAAAUAAUUAUUUAAAAUAAUAGAUAUUGCAUCCUAACUGAGAAUGACUGAUUGACAUUAAAUUUUAAUGAGAUCUUGAAGAAACAUUUCACUGUGACCGUGAUAUCUUUGUAGAAGGAUAAAAAGGACGUGUUUUUUUUAAAUUAAUAUAUUUAAAAAGAUAGAUUACUUUGAGAAAAUUGUUCGCUCGCAACAACCACGUAGUGGGGUAAUACUUACGCAGUUAAAUACGAAUGAUUGAUCAAAUGGACACAGUCUUACCGUGUACUUGAUCAGAAACUGAUCAGUAAUAAAAAAACCAGUUAUUUUUAUAACAUUCAAAAUUUUAUCUAAGUUCUUCACAUAUCUUCUCAGUUAUGGAAUUGAGAUCGGUAUUUAUUCUCGCCUUUAUCGCUGUAUCCGAAGCCGUAGAUCUACCUUCCAGUUUUAAAAUCUGCAAAUUAGAUGACCAAAAUUUAUCUCAGUGCGUAAAUGAAGCUGCUAAACAAGCGAUUGUUUCGAUGGCAAAUGGAAUUUCAAGCUUAAAUAUUCUGCCGAUUGAGCCUCUGGGGAUCGAUAACAUGUCUAUUGGCGAGUCUGGAACAAUAGCUUCUUUCAAACAAAAUUACCGUAAUAUUAAAGUUCACGGUCUGACCAAGGGAUUAAAUGUCACCAAUUAUGAAAUUGAUUUUGAUAAUUUAAUCUUUAAAUCAGAUUCUUUUAAUCCGCAAAUUGACUUUGUGGCUAAUUGCAAACUUGAUGGAAGACUAUUGCUGUUUCGUAUUCACGGUCAAGGACCCUGCAAUAUAACAAUGUUAAACUUAAAAACAAAAAAUACUUACUACGGUGAAAAAUACGAAAAGGAUAAUAAAACUUACAUGAAACUCCUGAAGUACGAUGUGAAAUUCAGGCCGGAAAAAGUUAUUCUAAACUUCGAAAGGCUUUUCGAAAAAGACAGUUUCUUGGGGACUCAAAUAAACUCAAUCCUAAACAGCAAUUCUGAUCUUCUUUUCCGAGAACUUCAAAGUUCUUACGAAGACACCUUCGCAAAAGUAUUUAUUAAAUUCGGUAACGAUAUCUUCACACAAAUCCCCUUCAAUAAGAUAUUUCCAGCUUAAGUAAUCUUAUUGUUUGUAAAUAAACAAUUUUUAUAUAUUUUUAUUAAUAAAAGUUAUUAUUUUAAAAGAAA